CACAAUAGGUGGCUCCCGGCCGCCUUCUAUAGUCCCGGGCCACCAUGCUGGCCCCACUGUGGCUGUUUAGCCUUUCUCUCCCCACUCUGUGGACCCAGAAACUAAUCAGCUGUACCUCCAAGAGUCUCUGCCAGCAGGCCCUGCUCUCGGGCAACGACGUGGUCCUACAGUGCGACCAGCCCAGAGCACUCUGGUACUUCUCAUCCAUUCUGGAGGAGGAGCCCAUGCUGCUGUCCUUUAUGUCUAACGUGAAGAAAUUACCUGGGGGCAGCCUCCAGUUGACCAGCCCUCAGCCCACCCAGACGGGCCUCUAUCACUGCCAGGACAGCAAUGGCAGCCUCGUGGUGGACUAUGAGAUCGAUUUCCAAGAUGUCAGCGCCCUGCACAUCACACACAAAGGCCUGGGCCAGAAGCCCCUGAGGAAUGAGAGCCUGCAGCUAGGGGCCGGGGAGGUGGUCUUCACCCACUGGGAGCCCUGGCAGGACUGUAACCGCUGCAGGGAGCCAGGGGAGCGCAAACGGUUGGGGUACUGCUACAUCAAGGACCCCCUGGAGAAGCCCAUUCCCUGCUGGCUCUACCUGAGAGCCAAGAAGGUGCAGUCCAGUCGCCUGCGGCCCGAGCUGCAGGUCGAAGCCUGCCUUGAUGUUCCCUGCGAGCACAUCAAAGAAAUUAACCAGCCAUACUUCAUCUUUGACAUUUACCAGUUGGACAAGGUGACCAACAACAUAUGGCUCACCUGCCCGUUGGCCUCCAUCUACAGGUGA